ACUUACAGCUGCAAAUGUCAUCUGGGUUUUGCGGGAGUUCUCUGUGAAAGACGAGGUAACCAUUAAGAACCCUUCUGUAAUUUCAAUAUUGUAUUACAAAAGGGAUAGCAUUGUUCUUAUCGAGUCGACAACUUUAUUUUUGACAGCUAUUCUUUGUUACCUUAUGUUUUGUUAGUAUGGUAUGUACCUCUUAUUGGCCGAGUUUGAAGCCCAUAUUUAGAAUACACCCCAAGCAUCCAUAAUUUACAUUACAGACCGAGGAACUGAGGCUAAGAAGAUGUUUAUGAAUAUAGCUUCCUGUUUGGUGGAAACUGAAACAAGCAACAAGCAGGCAAACAAGCGAUUUGACAUAAAAAAAAGGGUUUUUUAUAGGCGCUAAAAAAACACCAGCAAAUACCUAACUAGGCCUUCUACUGAAAGUAAAAUGAAAAUGCAAAUGCGAAAUGUUACAAAAGUCUUUAGUCGGCGGUCAAAACUAGGAGCACCGCAAGUGGCACUGUAAGUAAUAACUCGCCAAUGUACGCUGGAGUCUUUUUAUAAUUGGAUACUGUGUCUGCUUUAAAUCUCCUCCAUCUUUCUUUCUUCCGUCUGUGAUAAACAAUUUAAAUGGCAAAAAAGCGUGUUGAGAUGAUCAAGUGCCUUUUCUUGUCUUAAGCUAUGCCAAUGUACACUGUAUUUACAAAAUUCACUUUUGAGAUUGUAAUUGUGUUUUUUUUUUUUUCAUUUAUCUAACCAAAUUAGGUAAAACUUGCAGUGAAAUAAAACUGCACUUUCCGAUAGCUACAAGUGGAUCGUACGUUAUCGACCCCGAUGGAGAAGGAAGCUACGAACCAUUCACUGUUCAUUGUGACAUGACAGACAAGAACGGAGUUGGUGUGACAGUUGUUGGUCAUGACAGUGAAAGCAAGACCCUGGUCACUGGCUAUGAAAGGCAAGGAAGCUAUGUACGUUAUAUUCAUUACACAGGAAGCGGCCUGACAAGCAAUGCUCAAUUGUUUGGUCUUCUGAACAUCUCUACACAUUGUGAGCAGUUUAUCAAGUACCAAUGUUAUGGCUCUCUCCUCUUAAACGCGGGUAACCAAUAUGGAUGGUGGGUCUCACGUGACAACGUCAAAAUGACAUACUGGGGAGGGGCCACUCCUGCGGAUUCCUACAAGUGCGCAUGCGGGGUGAGCAACUCAUGUGCAGACAGCAGCAAUGGAUGUAACUGCGAUAAGAAUGAUAACGUGUGGCGUGAGGACAGCGGUCUCCUUACUGAAAAGUCUCACCUUCCAGUUUCACAGCUGAGAUUUGGAGAUACAGGCCAUCUAGUAGAAAAAGGUUACCACACGCUUGGGAAACUCAAGUGCUACGGAGGUCAAUAG